AGUCAACGCGCACGUAAGCUAGUGGCUGUUAUUGGUUUCCAGUGUGCGGUACAGCUGAGAUGGGAGCCCUGAGUAAAAUACCACAUAACUGCUACGAAAUUGGUCACACCUGGAGCCCGUCGUGUACGCAGUCGGCGCUGGAUGUGGCCCGCGGCGCUUUGGAGGUGUCCUUCAAGAUAUACGCCCCCCUGUACCUGAUAGCAGCAAUCCUAAGGAAAAGAAAGAAGGACUACUAUUUAAAGAAGCUUAUCCCUGAGAUCCUAUGGUCUACCUCAUUCCUCACUGCCAAUGGAGGUCUCUACAUUGUUUUCUUCUGCAUCAUCAGGAAACUGUUGGGUGGGUUCUACCCGUGGUCUGCUGGCUUUGGCGCAGCACUGCCUGCCUCCUACAUCGCUAUCCUCUUGGAGCGUAAGAGCAGGAGAGGGCUGCUGACAAUAUACAUGACAAAUCUCGCCACGGAGACUCUGUUCCGCAUGGCCGUGACACGAGGCAUCGUCAAACCCAUCAGAUACGGCGAGGUGCUGCUGUUCUGCAUCACUGCGUCCCUCUACAUGUUCUUCUUCAGGAGUAAAGAUGGUCUUAAAGGCUUUGCCUUCUCUGCGUUGAAAUUCAUUGUCGGUAAAGAAGAAAUUCCGAGUCACUCUGGCGCGGCAGAUCAUGUCUGUGCAAAGGCCCAUGAGGGCACAGCUGCUGUAGAGACCGAGGAUUCACAGCCAUCAGCAGGACGGUCCAGCUCCAGGAGGAAAACUCUGGUCACCUACACCAGGGAACUGCUAGAAUUGAUAUGCAAACAGGGUCCAAGACACAGAUGUUGUAAACAUUACCAAGACAACUGCAUUUCUUACUGUGUUAAGGGUUUUGUGCGGAUGUUCAGCGUUGGCUACCUGAUUCAGUGCUGUCUUAAAGUGCCCUCAGCCUUCAGGUAUAUGUUCUCCAAACCCUCGCGCCUCCCGUCUCUCUUGUACAACAAGGAGAAUUUCCAGUUGGGGGCUUUUCUAGGAUCCUUCGUCAGCAUCUACAAGGGAACAAGCUGCCUGCUGCGCUGGCUGCGUAACAUCGAUGAUGAACUCCAUGCACUUAUAGCCGGUUUCCUGGCUGGCCUCUCAAUGUUCUUCUACAAAAGCACAUCAAUAUCUAUGUAUCUCUUCUCUAAGCUGGUGGAGACCAUGUACUUCAAGGGCAUCGAAGCCGGACACUUCCCAUACUUUCCUCAUGCCGACACUGUCCUGUACGCCAUAUCCACCGCUAUCUGUUUCCAGGCUGCUGUGAUGGAAGUGCAGAACCUCAGGCCUUCGUACUGGAAGUUCCUGCUGCGUUUAACUAAGGGCAGGUUUGCACUCAUGAACCGACACUUGCUUGACGUGUUUGGGACGCAGGCCUCCAGGGACUUUAAAGGGUUUGUACCCAAACUGGACCCUCGCUACUGCGCAGUGCUUCCACCGGGGGGCGACAUCCAGCUCGGGUGACGUGUGGACCAGGAUGUGGGGAGAAGGUUUAGGGUUACCUCAACAUGAAAGAGGCUGUUUGCCUUUUUCUUUCUGAGCAAUGUAAGGAUUUUGUAAAGGUGUUUCUGUGAGCUCAGAGGUGGUGAUUAUGUUCUGAAGAAUCGUCCCAGAUAAAAAAAAAAAGUCCAAAGCUGGGUGUGAUGAAUAUUAGUGUGGUUUGUAUGUAUACAGUUAAUAGUGGACAGAAUUGAAGACAUUGAUGACUAAUCACGUGACGUUAUUUCUCAUGUGACAAAUACUAUAGAUAUAAAUAUUAGUAAAUGAAAGGUGCUGUUCACUCAAAUCAUGAACCAAAAAUUGGCUUUUUUGGAAAAAGUACUCCAGUUAAGAUGCAGCAGAUGUCAUUUUAUUUUUACGUUGUUUUUAAAUUGAAAUGGGUUUAUAAUUUUACAGGUUACUUGAACGUGAUUUGGGCGGUUUCUUUCACUCACAUCUGAGGGAGAAUCUCAUUUGGAUUAGUGAGAGACGGUAAAAACUGGUGAGAGAUAAUGUGCACCAACAGUAUGCUCUUCUGUACUGGAUAAUGGCCGAUGAAUUGAGAUUUGAAUUUUGGGGAAAUUCGGAGGUUAAAGGUCACUGUCUGUCUAGGUAUUUAGACAGAUUUUACUCAUAACUUAUCUACAUUAACACACUUGAUUUCAAUGAAGUGAUGCACCUUUUAAUGAUACUUAACCGGGUAAACGAAAAGACUGUGCUAAACCUGGAAGUAAAUUUUGAGAACAUGAUGCAAUAUCUUUGUUUAUGAGACCUUUAUUUUAUUAACUGUGGGGAAAAAAUACCAUAUAUUUCACACUGACAUAUAAAUCAAGAGUAAAUACAUUUGUGGGAAAGUUGAAUAAAUCCAUUGUUUACCAGUAAACUGUUGACACUUCACAUGAAUGGGUGAAAUCAGAUCAUGUAUUUACAACACAGGCAAAACUUAAUAACUUAAAAACCUACACUUGUAUUUGAGUUCCUCCCUAACUGUGUGAAAUAUUGAUAUAUAAGAAACGUGGGUGAUAAUUUGGUUUAGGACUAACAACCAAUUUAUAUUUCAUAUUUUACUUCACAUUGAAUUAUUGUGAAGGAAUGGAUGUUGAGUUAAAAGUUGUGACUUUUACUGCCUUAAUGUUGCAAUGCAAGGAUCAUUUACAAAGACCUGAAACACAAAAUGUGUUUUUCACCUAAAUUUAAAGAAGUCACAGCUUCUGUCCUUUAAAUUUAACUCUCUAAAGAUUUGGGGUUUGACUUAAAUGUUCACUAAUUCAAACUGAAACUUGUAAACUAAACAUUGAACUUGUUUGAUUGUGAACACAUAAAAAUGUGAUGAAAAUGUG